GUGUCACGGACAGCGGCCGGCAGCCCGCUGCCCCGGCCAUGCUGACGGAGCUGAACGAGCUCCUGGGCGCCUCCCCGCAGCGCCCGGGCACGGGUAAAUUCACGCUGCUGCGAGACACCGGGACGGAUGGCAGCUUCCUGGUGCACCAUUUCCUCUCCUUCUACCUCAGAGCUGGCUGUAAGGUUUGCUUUGUGGCCCUGCUCCAGUCCUUCAGUCACUACAACAUCGUAGCACAGAAGCUGGGAGUCAGUCUGACAGCUGCCAGAGAGCGGGGACAGCUCGUCUUCUUGGAGGGCCUCAAGUCCUGCCUCGACCUCUUGUUUGGGGAGGAGGAGCUGUCCGGAGAGCCCAGUCCUCUUCAGUUCAUAAGCGGGAGCACCUCCGACCUCAAAGCCUUGUUCGACUUCGUCCGGACCUCCCUGACUCCCGCCGCCAGCGACUCGUGGAAGGGCCCGGUGCUGCUGGUGGACGACCUCAGCGUCCUGCUCAGCCUGGGCGCCGCGCCGGUGGCUGUGCUCGACUUCGUCCACUACUGCAGGGUCGUGGUGUGCUCUCAGCUCCAGGGGAACAUCGUGGUGCUGGUUCACGGCAGCGAGGCUGCGGAAGACGAGGAAAGCGACCUGCUCGGGAACUCCUUGGGUCAUCACAGCGACCUGAUCCUGUGGGUGGAGGGGCUGGCGACCGGCUUCUGCAAAGACGUUCACGGGGAGAUUAAAAUAAUUAAGAGGUUAUCGCUGGAGUCAACGGAGGAGGAUCUCGUCCAGGUCUACCAGUACAAGAUCCAGGAGAAGAACGUCACCUUCUUCGCUAGAGGGCUGUCCGCGGCCGUGCUGUGAUGCAGCGACACCACGAGAGCACCACGGCGCGGGGCACAUCGGAGGUGCCACCGAACCACCCUGCUAGCCUCACCCCUGCCUUCCAGGAGCAAAACUCCCUCGGAGAGAAGCUUGAACAACUCUUGUGCUAUAAGCAAACGUUGGCAUCAGCUCGCCAAGAGCUCAUUGCAUCCCUUUGUCCUCCCACCCUGUUCCCAACCUACGAGGCCAAGAGGAAGAGCAAAAAACGUCCAAGGAUGUCCCUCAGAGCGUGUAAAUACAGGCAGGAGGAUGCCCCCGGGGCCGGGCGUGCCCUGCCUUUUCCGUUUGCGGCGUGGCGGUGCCAGGCAGUGCCGCGGCGCGGCGGGGAGCCAUCACCCCACCCUGGCACUUUGCGAGGUGACGCAGAGCGGGCGGAGGCAGGGCUGGUCCGGGAGCGUGGCGCAACCCUUACCUUUCUCCCAGCUCAGGCGGAGAUUGGCUCAGCGCCCCGUU